AUGUUUUUUUCCUAUCAUUCACUUUUAUUUGUUUCCUCUCAAACUUUACACAAAUCAAUGAUACAUUUCUCUUUUCUUCUUGUAUUUCUAUCGAUUGGCUCACUAUUUUCUCAAAAAAUCACUGAUUGCCCCACUUCUGCUUUUGAUCCUCCAAAUGAUUUGAACCAAACAAUAUGGUACCCAAGCGAUUUUUCAUAUUCCGACCCGCCAUUUUUUUCAGAUUACUAUUCGUGUCUUUAUAAAAUAAAUGUGCCAAAAGGAUAUCAUGCGGAAGUUCGAUUAACCUUCAAUCAGCAGAUGCCUCCAAUCAUUCCAGCUCCAGUACAAGUUAUCGAUUCACAAUCAUUUGAAGAGAAACUCUUCAGUGCGACAGAUGUUCCAUAUUUUUUCGUCUCUAAUGCAGGAUUCAUAAAAUUGGAUACCAGAGAACUCGGUAUCAAAUUUGGAUUUCGAAUUCGUUGGUAUAAGUUUCCCUCUACAUUCAGCCCUAUCCUUCUAUCUACUCAUAGCUCUGAUACCCAACCGCUUAUUGUAUCAUCAAGCUCCAUAAUCCCUUAUCAAGUUUCUGCGGACACUAACGUCUCCCUAGUAGUUAGUAAUCCAAAAAACUCUCAAGGAUACGAGGAUCUUCUGAAAAAACAAAAGGUUUCUUCCGGCAAAUUGAUGACUGUUGCUGCUCUGGAGCCGUUCUAUGAUACUGGCUCAAUGUUGUUGUUUCAAGAUUUCGAAAAUACGAAAGAUUUCAACGAGUACCAAUGUCUCAUUUGCUAUCCAGAAGACGUCUGCGACAGUGUUGUUAUAAAUUGCAUGAAUACGGAAUCAGCAGCCUUAUCAACAAUCACUAUGUCUUCUCAGCCAGCUGAGUACUUGAAAGAAAUUUGGUUGGGUGAUUACGGAGUUUUGGAUGUGUAUAUGGGACGAUUGACUCGCGAGAAGAGCAACUUGAUAACGUCUUAUCAGUCGUACGGAAAGAUUAACACGUCUUCCUAUUUGCCACAGAAAUUCCAGGGAACUGUCCGCACCUAUCAUCUACAUGGUCAUUCUGCAAAUCUUCACUUCACCCUAUCACCUGAACUUUUCACUAAUAACGUUCCAGUCGGCAGACAUGGAUUUUUUAGUUCCAAAUUUUACAAAAGCGGAACACCUCAGAAAAAUCAAGACAGUUUUGAUUAUAUACGGACAACUGAUACCGUAAUCUUCAAUUUUGAAAUCACAGACGCCGACCUUGCCUGGGGAUCAACGCUUAAUAUUUGGAUUCGCGAUAAAAGUGUAGUGACUUACAAUAAAACAUUCACAUCUUCAAGUCCACCGAAUCUUUUGGCACCGAUUAUGGCAACUGGGAAUUAUAUGGAGGUCUCUUAUAAAACGAAUUACGGACAAUUGACGAAUGGAUAUUUCAUGAAGUUUGAGACUCUAGACAGCUCUGGAUUCCGAAACUACACCAACCCAUCUUGCGAAUUCAAUCAAACCUUUUUGAUCCAAAUCACAGCUCAGAAAUUCCCAAAAAUUUGUUCUACAGUCUGUGGCCAUUUCAUUAUAAAUGAGAAUACUGAUUUAAACGUUGAGCAAUUAACCGAAUUAUUCAAAAACAUGAGAAUUCUGGUUGGCGGGUUGCGCAUCAGUAACACGAAAUUCGAGAAUUUGAGAUUUUUAGCAGGUUUGAGACGUUUUGUGGGAGAAUUGGGAUUAUUGAAUUUGACCACAAUUAAAAGUCCUGUUGUCAAUAUUGAUUCCAAUGGAAAACUGGAAAAAUUGAAUUUGCCGAAACUGGAGGUGGUCAAAUGUUUGGGAAACAUCUGCUCUAUUAUUGUGAAUUUGAAUUAUCCCGAACACCCCAAAUUUUGCAUAACAAUUCAAGACUUGAAUGCUUUCACAAGAAAGAGGAACCAAGUAUACUUGAACAUGAAUUCCAACAUUUGCAUCCCAAAAAACGAACCAAAAGUGUGUACAGUACCUACAGUAGGAUGUGAGCGACUUAUUGGAAAUUUGAAUAUCACAAAAGGAUUCGAUGUUCGAAAAGUGGAAUCCUUGAAACAGAAUCGACAUCAAAUAGUUAAAAUUCUCAUAUAUUGCCAAUACCUCCAAAGCAUCGUAUACCGAUUUAAAAUCUUGCUAUGCACUCAGAAGAGCGGCUUUUCUCGAGGGUGGUUUUUGGCCAUUAUUUGGUGA